GCUCUCCCUCUCUCUCUCUCUCUCUUUCACUCUCUAAGUCAUAUGUUUACUUUAUCUUCGAGCAUUGAUUGUUGGUCUGUAUGUUAAGAUGCUGCUUUAUUUAUUUAUUUUAGCAUUUAACGCUAUCUUUAAAGCAAAACCCAGAAACUAGUUUCCGCCUUAAUGACUUACGAAAACUUGUUUGUUGAACGCUGAGUCGCUCUUUCCAUAUACAGCUAUAUACAUAUGGAUAUGUAUGUGGGAUGCUGCGUAUAUUUUGCGGUGCUUAUUGGCUUUCUGGUUUGGGCUCUUGUUGACCAUUGUUAUAUUAUAUUACGGCUAUUGUCUGCUUAUUUGCUCGAGUUUGCGUUUUGGUCUUCCCCCACGUCGGAAGGGUUAGUAGUUAAAUAAUAAAUUGUUAUAUGCCAUAAGCACGUGCAUAUUACGUGUGUUAUGAAUCAUGGAAGUGAUUGAUGCUAUACAUAAAUGUUGAGCUGAGUUGAGUUAGCCAUGUCCGUCUGUCUCUCCGUCUGUCUGUCUAUAUAUAUAUAAACUAGUCCCUCAGUUUUUAAGCUAUCGAUUUGAAAUUUUGCACCUGUCCUUUUCUCUUUAACAAGCUGCUCAUUUGUCAGAACGGCCGAUAUCGGAUCAAUAUAGCAUAUAGCUGCCAUACAAACUGAACAAUGGGCAUCAAGUAUUUGUAUGGGAAACUUUUUUAUUUAAUGUAAUAUCUUCACCAUAUUUGGCGUGGGUUAUUGUCUAAGGCAAUAAUGCAGUCUCCGAAGAAAUUGUUUAGAUCGCAUCACUAUAGCAUAUAGCUGCCUUACAAAUGGAACGAUCAAGGAAUUAAGUUCUGUGAAGAUUAUAAUAGCUUCAGUGCAAACGAAGUUAACGGUUUUUCUUGUCUAAACAUUUUUUUUUUUUGGUUUAAUUUUUAAUUAAUGCAUAUUUGUAGGCUGAAUAAUUUUCCGAUUUCAAAAACUCAAUGGAUAAUUCUAGUAUAAGUUUCUAUGUCUGGUACCUUUUGCCUUCGAUCGCUUUCUAGCCCACUGUUGCGCUCAUUUCUACCUUUGCUUAGCUGCUCAGCGCUUACCUUUAGCGUCAAAUAGUAAAGUCGAGAGUUAUCUUCGACACAGUCAAUGACUCAGGCGAUAGUCUGCGUUUGAGCAGCGAUUAGUGUAGAUCGAUUUGUGAGACGUUGUAAGGCAAAGCCUUAGCAUUAGUGGCGUGUGUAAUUGAAACGAAAAAUAUUCAUACAUACAUAUAUAAAAUAGUAGACAAUGCGUUUCCCAACUUUUUCGGCGGUCUUAAUACUCGGCGCAGCAUGCAUAACUGCGUCUAGUUUGAAUGUUGUCAGCGAGGAUAAUACACGCAGUGCGCCAUUACCGAUCAAUGGCGCUGCUGUCGACGAAGUCUUAGUGGAGUCUUCGCUCUAUAUCAAGCCAAAAUCGAAUAUGCGACCGCAAGUGCGACGUGUGCGCAGCAUACCCUACGCCAUGCCCUUGAACAGCGCAUCAUUGCUGGAGCAUGUGCGUGUGAAACGCAUGCCACAGUCAGGUCAAUCGCAGGCGACUGCUGCAGCUGAUGCGAACAGUUUCAAAUUUGGGCCGCAUGGCUCUAGCGCAGCUGCCGCCAAUGCUGGUUCACAAGCAUUCAACGCUUUCGGUCCGCAUAGCGCGUUCGGUGCCUCCUCAGCGGGCACCUUGACACAAGCUUCGCAGUUUGGUGCUUUUGGACCGCAAAACUCUGCCGCUGCUUCAAUGAGCCAAGCUUAUAGACUGCCCAAUGGACAAGUGAUCAACUUUGCCAGCACAAAUAGCUUUGCUAAUGGUGCCAACGGCAAUAAUGCCAACAGCCGUGGUUCAUCGGUGUCUGUCAGUCAACGUUAGAGCACUAAGUUUUAGAAACUGCAAAUAAAGCUCUAUAUCAAUGUUAAAAUGUGCAAUUCUGUUAAUAUCGCUGCACAGGAUUAAGCUGGCGCCAUCAAAUAUUUUAGUCGCUACUGAAAUAUAAUGACAUUUCUUACUUAAGCAGAAUUAUUGGUAUUUUUUUUCUCUUUCUAAUACUUCAAUCAUUAAUUAAAAAACAGGAAUUCCAAAUUACGUAGCCUCAGCGCUUCGCUUAUAAUAAAAAAAUAAAUACUGAAGAAA